CAAAUCCCAUUUGAUUAAAUAUAUUAUAUAACAUAAUAUAAGAAUAAGAAAAAAACAAAAAAAAAAUAGUUUAAGGGAAAAGCCACAUAAGAUCCUCAUGCAGGGCAUAUUCCACUCAUCCUCCAUGGCUUUCUUAGGAGAUAAAAACACCUUGAAGAGCUUCAAACUCAACACCAGAGCCAGCAAUUUCCCAAAGGAAUUUGAGGAGAGGUGAAGGGAAUGGUGACAGAAGCCGUGAGAGCCAAGGCAGAGAUCUGCCAUGGCGACAAGAACUGCAGAGACAAGUUCAGUUCUUGGCUGUCUGAAACCGGUUUGCCAAACAAGCUCUUGACUUUCCACGAGAUCGAGGAGUGCGGGCGCGUGAAAGAAACGGGUUUCGUCUGGAUAAAGCAGAGGAAGAAGCCGGAAGAGGAAAAGGAGCUGAGGUUCGAGAACGUUGCGGUGUGUUUGGAAGAGGAAGUGAGCGCGUUCUUGGAGCCAAACAAGAUCAAGAACCUGCGAGGGGUGAAGGCGAAGGAGUUGUGGGUGUGGAUAUCGCUCUGCGAGGUUCAGGUUAGCCGGAGCUCGAGCCGGAUCACCUUCAAGACCCAUGCCGGUUUUUCCAAAUCUUUCCCUUUAUCACUCUUCGGUGUUCAAACGAUUAAUACGCAGCAGCAAGAUGAUGACAAGCAACAACAGGUGCAGCACAAGUUCAGCAGGACCAAGAUCUACUUGUACUGACAAAAAAAAACAUUGAUCAAAGUGUAUAUAUGUGUGUGUAUUUCAUAAUAUUCUU